GAACGAGAAACAUGUCGGGGGAAGGAACAUGCGAGCGGUUGCAGAGGGCGCUAAGGGAGUGUCACCGUCGGGUUCCGGCGGGUCCGGGUCGUGACAGAGCGUGCCGUCACCUGAACCACGCGCUGGCGAAGUGCCUUGUUUGUUUGGCGUGUCCUGAUGAAUCUGAGGCGGUUCGAAGCCUUUGCUCGAGCGCUGGAACCGCUCUGAAGCGAAAUCAAUGCCAACGGGCUCAGCUUUCUCUAUCCCUAUGCCUCUCUUCUCAUCAACAAAACUUCUAACCCUUUCGCCAAAAAAAAAAAAAAAAAAUCCCUAACCCUUGUGCAAUUCUAUGUAAUUUUUUAUUUAUUUAUUUUCAGAAUUUGUUUCUUUGUUUUCUCUUUAGGAAUUUGUAGAUUCAGUUGUCUAAUUUAACUUUUAUUAAAUUUGUA